CGAAAAUAUAUCCUUGUAAAACAAAGGGCAAUUGAGCGCGCCCGUUUUAAAGUGUGCGCUCCAAGAUCCCAAGAAUUAUUACGCAAUAAGGAUAGACAAUUAUUUGAAACACUUACAUCUAUCUGUCAAUUCAAUUGUGUUAUGGGUAAAGACAGGCGUGUUGUAUAUUUUUACGAUCCAGAUUGUGGGAAUUUUCAUUAUGGUUAGUAUUUUGAAUAUCACAAAAGAACACAGAAAACAUGGAAUUAUUUUCUCUCUCUCUCUGUUCAUUAUUAUAUUAGGACCAAAUCAUCCGAUGAAACCGCAUCGACUUACACUUACGCAUACUCUUGUAGUCAAUUACAAUCUAACUGAUCGUAUGAAAGUCUAUAAACCAUAUCAUGCUAGUAUGAAGGAUAUGAUAUCGUUUCAUUCACAAGAAUACAUUGAAUUCUUACGUGAUGUUACACCAACUAAUGUACAUACAUUUCCUAAAGAAAAAUUAUUAACUUAUAAUAUUGGUGAAGAUUGUCCAAUUUUCGAUGGUAUCUAUCGAUUCUCAUCGAUUCACACUGGUGCCUCGUUGCAAGCUGCUAAAUAUUUAAAUAAUGGAGUCACAGAUAUUGCAAUCAAUUGGUCUGGUGGAUUGCAUCAUGCUAAAAAAUUUGAAGCAUCUGGAUUUUGUUAUGUCAAUGAUAUUGUCAUAGCUAUAUUAGAAUUAUUGAAAUAUAAUCCACGUGUACUCUACAUUGAUAUUGAUGUUCAUCAUGGAGAUGGUGUACAAGAAGCAUUCUAUUUGACAGAUCGUGUCAUGACAGUAUCGUUUCAUCGUUAUGGAAAUAUGUUCUUUCCUGGAACAGGUGAUAUGUAUGAGAUUGGAGCUAAAGCUGGUAAAUACUAUGCAGUGAAUGUUCCUUUAAAAGAAGGCAUUGAUGAUGAUAUGUACUUCAGUGUUUUUCGAGCUGUUAUCAAUGAUGUAGUUGCAUUUUAUCGACCAACAACUAUUGUCCUACAAUGUGGUGCUGAUUCAUUAGGUUGUGAUCGAUUAGGUGUAUUCAAUCUGUCUAUUCGAGGUCAUGGUCGAUGUGUUCGAAUGGUUAAAGAACUUGGUCUACCAUUAUUAGUAGUCGGUGGUGGCGGUUAUACUGUACGAAAUGUAGCACGUUGUUGGGCAUAUGAAACAGCUGUACUACUUGAUCAAGAGAAAGAAAUUUCCAAUGAACUACCUUAUUCUCCAUACAUUGAAUUCUUUUAUCCUGAUUAUACACUACAUCCAGAUUUGACAACUAAAUUGGAUAAUGCAAAUACUCGUCAAUAUAUUGAAGCGUUACGUAUGACAGUUCAUGAUAAUUUAAAACAACUUGUACAUGCACCAAGUGUACAAUUCAGUGAUGUAUCGAAUGAUUAUCUAGGAAGUUUUUGUCAUACUAAUAGUAAUAAUAAUAAUGAUAAUAAUAAUAAUAAUCAUUCCAAUGAUGAUGACCGGUAA